AUGCCCCAUCACCACGAUCACGAUCACAGCCAUAGCCAUGGGCACGGGGAGGAUGGCCACCACGACCACGACCACGACCAUUCCUCCGACAUUACGCCCGCCCUCCAAUCGAAUCUCUACCAGCAAAUCGAUUUCGAUGGCAUCGUCACCCUGAACGAAGCAGAGUCCAAGUCUGGCGCUGCCAUCGUGAAAAAAACAUGGGCGCAACGGCUAGACGAGCUACCGGAGUUGGAGAGUGAUGUUGAUGAGCAAUUGCUCAUGUAUAUCCCCUUCACGGGCCAAACAAAACUCCACUCCCUCCUCCUCUUCUCCGCCCCAACCGCCUCAGCACCCAAAACUGUAAAACUUUUCCGCAACAGACCAGACCUCGACUUUUCCACGGCCGCAGAUCUAGCCCCAACCCAGACUCUCUCCGUGCCUCAAACCCUCACCGGCCCUACCUCAGAUGUGCUCGAGAUUCCCCUGAACAGAGCGCAGUUCAACACCACAACGUCCAUAACGCUGUUUUUCGAGGAAAAUUGGAGCCAGGGUGAGGAGGAAGUGACGCGGGUUUCGUAUGUGGGGUUUAAAGGACAGCAUAUGGCAUUGAAUAGGGAGCCCGUGACGUUUUUGUACGAGGCUGCGGCGAACCCGAGGGAUCAUGCCGUUAUCCAGGGGGUGCAGGGGGUGGGGAGGACUAUUGGGCCUGGCAGGUAA